UGGAGUGUCAGAAUUCAAGUUGCUUUUCCCGAGGGGUAACCCCGGGUCUUGGCGAUACCUGUAGAAAAACGAGAUGCUGGCAAAUCUGAGAUGUAAUUGCGGGAUUGGACCGGUUUCCCCUUUACCUCGACAAAUGGCUGCAACUAGGUCCCUUUAAGAGACCAGGAACCCGCCGGGCGUCCGAGCCCGAAAUGCACCCUCUUUUCUGCUCCUCCCCUGUCCCCGCGCGGCGAAUGGUUCGCGCCGGCCUAUAUUUACCCGAGAUCUUGCUCCCGGACCGCAAGGAUGUGAGGCUGGCGAGCCGGCUACCGCUCGCAGCACGGGAGGGGCGCGCCGCAAAGGCGGGCAGCAGACCUCGGGGACCUCGGGAGCGGAGUCGGACACCCCCAAAGCGAAGAAAUGAGGUAGCGACCGUCCCAGGAGCCGACCAUGCGCGCGUCCCGCUCUCGGCGCCCCGCGCUGCCCCGGCGGAGCCAGCCGGGACAGUGAGCCCGCCGAGCCCGAGUCCCCGCGUCCGGCCGGAGCGAAGAUGCAGUGAGCCACAGCGGGAGUGCUGCGCCGGGCCCGCCGCGGCCAGCCGGGGCAGCAUCUGACUGCACUCCGGGCAAGCCGCAGGGUCUGGGACCAGCCCAGCCGAGGGGCUCUCCGGCUCCGGCACCCCCUCGGGGCGGGGAGCACCGGCCCUGGGCACACUCGCUAUCGAGUUUCCGCGGCUUCUAGUCCCAGCCCUGGGGAGUGUGUGUGUGUGCGCGUGUGUGUGUGUGCGCGCGGGGGGGCCCUUUCCAGGUUCGCCGAGGAGUUCCUGCAUAUUCUCGCCCCGUCCCGACUGCUUUGGCGGGGGCUCCUUCUGUUUGCGCGCGCGCAUCUUUUUAAUGUUCCACUCUGAUUUCGUCUUUCUCUCAUUUUGCUUGCCUAAGACUCUUUGCCCUCAUCCUUGCCCUGGCCGGGGUAAAUCUGUGCCCGCUGUUUUUCUCCCCACACUCGCAGCUGAAUAUUUUCUUCUCUUUUAAGAUUUUUACCCGUACCCUCUUCGGCGGGGUCCCUGAGCACGAUACUCCCUAACCCCCUCUCUACCACUGGGCCACUCCCAGCAGAGGUUUUUGUUUUUUGGUUUUUUUUUUUUUCCCCUGUCUUGCCCCGGCCGAGCCCGGCCAGGGCGGUUGGCUCAGCGGGGCUCGUACCCGCCGCUCCGCCGCCGCCGCCCAGCUGCGCGGGGGCGCCCUCCGGAGAUGCUGCCGUGGAAGAAGCACAAGUUCGAGCUGCUGGCCGAGGCGCCGCCACGGCAGGCGUCCAAGCCCAAGGGCUACGCGGUGAGCCUGCACUACUCCGCGCUCAGCUCGCUGGCGCGGGCGUGCCCCGAAGGCGCGCUCAGCCGGGUGGGCAGUAUGUUUCGCUCCAAGCGCAAGAAGCUGCACAUCACCAGCGAGGACCCCACUUACACCGUGCUCUACCUGGGCAAUGCCACCACCAUUCAGGCGCGCGGGGACGGCUGCACUGACCUAGCGGUGGGCAAGAUCUGGAGCAAGAGCGAGGCGGGUCGUCAGGGCACCAAGAUGAAGCUGACUGUGAGUGCGCAGGGUAUCCGCAUGGUGCACGCCGAGGAGCGCGCGCUGCGCCGCCCGGGCCACCUCUACCUGCUGCACCGCGUUACCUAUUGCGUGGCAGACGCGCGGCUGCCCAAGGUCUUCGCCUGGGUAUACCGGCACGAGCUCAAGCACAAGGCGGUAAUGCUGCGCUGCCACGCGGUGCUGGUGUCCAAGCCCGAGAAGGCUCAGGCCAUGGCCCUACUAUUGUACCAGACGUCGGCCAACGCACUGGCGGAAUUUAAACGGCUCAAGCGGAGGGACGAUGCGCGUCACCAGCAGCAGGAGCUGGUGGGCGCGCACACCAUCCCGCUAGUGCCGCUGCGCAAACUGCUCCUGCACGGACCCUGCUGCUACAAGCCACCGGUGGAACGCAGCCGCAGCGCGCCCAAGCUCGGCUCCAUCACCGAGGACUUGCUCGGCGAACAGCAGGAGCAGGAGCUGCAGGAGGAAGAGGAAGAGGAGCACACGGAGGGCUGCCUGGAGGAGGAGGAGGAGGACCGUGCUGAGGAGGGGGACCCGGCAGCGGAAGAGGCCGAGGCGCAGCGGGCGCUGAUGGUGGCCAUGCACUUGGAAUGCGGGGACUUGCUGGACACGCUGGAGAGUGGCCGCGAGGAGGCGCUAGGGGGCGGUGGGGUCGCCCUGGGCCCUGGGGCUGGGCCGCCGCCUCUGCUGCUGGGCAGCGCCUCCGACAUGAAGGCCGAGCUGUCCCAGCUUAUUAACGACCUGGGAGAGCUCAGCUUCGGCAACGACGUGCGCAGUCUGCAGGCCGACUUGCGGGUGACGCGCCUGCUGUCCGGCGAGAGCACCGGCAGCGAGAGCUCCAUCGAAGGCGGGGGCCCGGACGCCACCUCUGCCACCGCUGGAGACCGGUCGGGCCCUGCCGACGGCGCCAACCCAGAGGAGCCCCACUCGGGUUGAGAUCUCAGCAGCUCCCUGCGUGUGCCCCUCGCGCCCCACCGUGACUCCCUACCCGUCUUUUGGACAACCCCUUCUCCUCUGCCCCUCGCCAGCCCCCAGGAAAGGGGACAUGGGACACCCUGGCCCUCUGCACAUUUGGCUCUGUUUGAAGCUGGGCUCAGGUUGCUCGUGGAGACGUGCGGGGCGGGGGGAACUCUGCACGGAGGGAGAGAGAGGCAGGGCUCUGGGGGGCGGGGAGGGGGUGAGGGAAGGGCCCGCUGGUUAGCAAAGUCCUACCAGCAAGCGAUGCCUGCCUGCAGGCCAGUUUCCUGUUUGUGGGGCAGCUUGGGCCUGAGGAGGGGUUAAUUUCCUCCCCUGACCUGACCGAGGAACAGGGAGCGGCCUAGCGCUGUCACUGGCAUGUCAUUAACCAACAUUUUUGUUUUUUGCUCUCACAGCGUUUGAGGCUGUAAUGCCACCUCUUUGCCCCCAGUCGUUUCGGUGGGAGAGCUUGGGUUGUUUACCUCACACUCAGACCCUUGAAAUUCUGCCAAAUUCCUCAAAUAAUUGUUUGGGGGGGUGGGGGGAAAUGAAAGAAAGUUGCAUUUUGUUUACAGUUAAAGACUUAAAAAAGUUUUCCUUUAAAAAUACACACACCUUCCUCCUGCUCUAAAGAUCCCCCUCUGUGAUACUGUGUAAAAUAUUUUGCACUGUUGUGAAGUAUUUCUGAAAUUUUUUUUGUACAUAACUGUGUUCUCAGAGCUAAAUGGUUAUAUCUUUUGCUGUGCAAAAGGGACAUGUAAAAUGUUGUUCAGUUGUAUAUACAGAAAUGUGUAUAAAACAUUUUGUUAUUUUUUAAGAGUAGCACUGCUCU